CUGUCAGUCCACCGGAAGUGACCUGUCAAAAAACGGAAUAAACCACUGGAUCUCCAAGCUAGGUAGCCAAAAAAUAACAACAGAGGAUUAUUGUUUGUCUGCAUGAUAACCCCAAGCAUUUACAUUUAAAGACAGUAAUCUCUGUGUAUGCCAGCUGACCAGCCCACUGAUCAGCAAAAUGAGCAGUGCAGGAACAGUGGAGAGUGGUAAACCUCCAAAGAUUGGCUCUAUAGUAGAAGUGACAGGGAAGGGUCAGCGUGGCACUGUCGCCUACAUCGGCGCCACCCUCUUCGCCUCCGGCAAAUGGGUUGGUGUCAUACUGGAUGAACCUAAAGGCAAGAAUGACGGCACCGUGCAGGGGAAACGCUACUUCACCUGUGAGGAAAAUCAUGGAAUAUUUGUCAGACAGUCGCAGAUCCAGGUGGUGGAAGAGGGCUCCAGUGCCACCUCACCAGAUACUCCUGAGAGUGGCAUUGCCAAGACACUGAAACAGAAAGACAUUCCAGAGACUCCCAAAACAUCAAAACAGACACCGGUGAAUGUUAAGAAGUCUUCUACCCGCCGCUCUGCCAAGUGGAGCACGCCACGGCUCACGCCUGCCACCUCCCUCCCCUCCCUCUUGGUACGUCCCCCUGGCCGCCCCAGCCUGUCGCUCAUGGCAUCUCGUGAGACCCUGUCGUCGUCUCUGUCUGGUGAUGUCAGUGAGGUGGGCCUGUCCUCUCACCAGGGUGCACUGGGAGCUCCUGUCGUGCCUCAGCCCAGCGGGUCGCCUGCGGCAUCCACAGCCCCAGUCCAGGCUACUCCGAGCAAGGUGGAACCUGCCAUUUCCAAACAGGAGGAGGAAUCACUGCGAGCUCAGGUCAAGGACCUAGAGGAGAAGCUGGAGACACUAAAGAUGAAGCGGACAGAGGACAAGGCCAAGCUGAAGGAGCUUGAAAAAUACAAGAUCCAGCUGGAGCAGCUUCAGGAAUGGAAGACCAAAAUGCAGGAGCAGCAGGCUGAGCUGCAGAAACAACUGAAGGAAGUCAAGAAGGAAGCCCGUGAGGCACAAGAGGCCAAGGACCGCUACAUGGAAGAGAUGUCAGACACGGCCGAUGCCAUCGAGAUGGCAACGCUGGACAAAGAGAUGGCUGAGGAGCGAGCAGAGUCACUGCAAGUGGAGGUGGACAGUCUGAAAGAGAAAGUGGAGGAGCUGUCCAUGGACCUGGAGAUCCUUAGACAUGAGAUUUCAGAGAAAGGGUCAGAUGGAGCUGCCUCCAGUUACCAUGUCAAGCAGCUGGAGGAGCAGAAUGGCAGACUUAAGGAGGCGCUGGUCAGGAUGCGUGACCUGUCUGCUUCAGAGAAACAGGAACAUGUGAAGCUGCAGAAGCAGAUGGAGAAGAAGAACACUGAGCUGGAGACUCUGAGGACUCAGAAGGAAAAACUGCAGGAAGAACUCAAGCAGGCAGAGGCUACGAUUGAUGAACUGAAAGAGCAGGUGGAUGCUGCUCUGGGGUCUGAGGAGAUGGUUGAGACCCUGACGGAGAGGAACCUUGACCUGGAGGAGAAAGUCAGAGAGCUGAGAGAAACAGUCACUGAUUUGGAGGCGAUCAACGAGAUGAAUGAUGAGCUCCAGGAGAAUGCCAGGGAGACAGAAAUGGAGCUGAGAGAGCAGUUGGACCUGAGCGGUGCCAAAGUCAGAGAGGCUGAAAAAAGGGUGGAGGCUGCCCAGGAGACUGUCGCUGAUUACCAGCAGACCAUCAACAAAUACAGAGAGCUCACCACCAGGCUACAGGAUGCCAACAGGGAGCUGAUCAGCCAGCAGAAUGCCAAUGCUGAACAAGUUCAACAACCACCUGCAGAACUAUUUGACUUCAAGAUCAAGUUUGCAGAGACCAAGGCCUACGCCAAGGCUAUUGAGAUGGAGCUGAGGAAAAUGGAGGUGGCUCAAUCAAACAGACAGGUGUCCCUCCUCACCUCCUUCAUGCCAGACUCCUUCUUCCGUCAUGGUGGAGAUCAUGACUGUAUACUGGUCCUUCUGCUUAUCCCCAGGCUCAUCUGCAAGGCUGAGCUGAUCAGCAAACAGGCCCAGGAGAAGUUUGACUUGAACGGGAACCUGGCGCAGGGGACUGAGUUCCGAGGGUCUCCUGGAGAACAGCGCAGUUUUGCCUCAGGGCUGGUGUACUCCCUCAGCCUGCUGCAGGCCACCCUGCACAAAUAUGAACAGGCUCUAAACACCUGCAGCGUGGAGCUUUUUAAGCGCAUGGGUACACUUUACUCUGAAAUGAGCUUCCAUGAGCGUUCCCUGGAUUAUUUCAUCGACCUGCUGCAUAAAGACCAGCUCGACGAGACUGUUAAUGUGGAACCCCUGACUAAAGCCAUCAAGUACUAUCAGCAACUGUACAGUGUCCAUCUGGCAGAUCACACUGAGGACUGCACAGUGCAGCUGGCUGACCACAUCAAGUUUACCCAGAGUGCCCUGGACUGUAUGGGGGUGGAGGUCGCUCGUCUGCGGGCGUUCCUGGCAGCAGGUCAGGAGAGCUCUGGCUUCGCUGUGCUUCUGAAGGACCUGGACACUUCCUGCUCUGAUAUCAGACAAUUCUGUAAGAAGAUCCGCCGCCGCAUGCCUGGAACAGAUGUGGUUGGAGUCCCCGCUGCUCUCAAUUUUGGACCACAGGUGUCAGAGACGCUGACCGAGUGCAGGCGCCAGCUGACCCGUGCGGUGGCCGUGCUGCAGGAGGUGGCUGCGGCUGGAGCUCAGAUGGUUGCUCCGCUGGCAGAGCAGGAAGGUCUCAACGCUCUCAGACUGGAGGAUAUCGCUUGCAAGGCUGUGGAGCAGGUAUAUGGCUCACAAGGCCUGAGUGCCCCAGAGUGUAUGCGUCAGUCGUGCAGCUCCGUCAUUGCCACCAUGAACAAGAUGGCUACAGCCAUGCAGGAAGGAGAGUAUGAUGCUGACAAACCUCAGGGCAAGACUCCUCCUGCGGAGAUACGAGCAGCCAGCGUCAGGGCCGAGAUGACUGAUGCUGAGGGUCUAGGAGUUAAACUAGAAGACAGAGAGACGGUCAUCAAGGAGCUCAAGAAGUCUCUCAAGAUCAAGGGUGAGGAACUGAGUGAGGCCAAUGUCCGUCUGAGCCUGCUGGAGAAGAAGCUGGACACCUCCACCAAAGACGCAGAUGAACGGGUGGAGAAGAUUCAGACCAAACUGGAUGAGAAUCUCGCCCUGCUGAAGAAGAAAGAAAAGGAGUUUGAAGAGACGAUGGAUGCUCUGCAGGCUGAUAUUGACCAGCUGGAGGCAGAGAAGGCAGAGCUGAAACAACGCAUCAAUAACCAAUCAAAGAUGACCAUUGAAGGCCUGAGAGGCCCGCCUGCCUCUGGAAUUGCCUCCAUUGUUCAGGGAUCUACAGGAGCAGGUCUGCCUCCAUCCAUGGCAGGGCCGGUGCAGGUGGUGGACUCCCCUCUCCUCAGGCUGCAGGUUGAGGCUCAGAGACUGGGCAUCAAGCACCUGAAGAAUGAAAACAACCGACUCAAGGCAGAGAAGAUGAGAGCCCAGCUGGCCUCCCUGCCUCCACUCUGCCCCCCCAAACUGCCACAGGUGUCCAAAGAAAGCUCCAUGCCUCCAGAGGGACUGAACACUGGCAUCUAUCGCAGGACUGACCAACUGCUGGCUACACUGCUCAAGCUGAGCUCAGAAUUUAAAGUGGUGGACAUCACUGGGAAGACAACAGUUAGUGCCAGUGCCCAGCUCCUGGAGCAAACGGCUCGACUGAAGAACCUCAGCGACGCUUUGGACAAACUCAAGGGAGAAGUAGCUGAACAUGUAGUCGCAUAUCAGCCUGGAGCGAAGGCUUCCUCCGACUUCGCCACCUUCCCCGUCUCCUCCUUUGUUAAGGCCAAGGAAGAGAAGCAGGGAGGAACAACAUUCGUAGGACGUGUUUCCAUUCCAUGCAACCGUGGACAGGAGCAAGUGCACCGCCUCGUCCUAUCACAGCAGCAGCUGCAGCAAGUGCACUGCCUCCUCAUGGCCUAAGACGGCGUGCCGUUCACCCACAGCCAAGGCUGAUGGCACAUCAAGAAAAGCUUUUGUUCUUUACUCUCAUUCCAGCUUCCACUUCACUUCAGCAUUCUCCCCUUUAUUUAUCUCUUUUACCUUUUCAAUAUUCUCAGGAAACUGUAUCCGGUAUUUGUUAAGACUAUAGCACUAAUAAAAACUGGGGCACAGCAGUGUCUUUAUAUUACACGUAAAACUGAUUGGUGUUUGAUUAUAUUGAAUUAAGUCCAAAUGGAUUUGACUCCUGAAUGUCACAGUAUGAAGGUGUCAUGUUUUCAUCACUAAAACAGUUUGUAUGCACCAAUUUUGCCAACUCUUUGUGGAAAUGGGGAAAACUAACAAGUCAUUUUUACUGUACUUGCACCUCUUUAGUUUUUUUCUCUUUGUAUCUUUUGUAUUUGUAGUAAUUCAGACAAUAAAAGUAAGCACUCUA